GACACAUCUUCACCGACUUCUGUUUUGGACACUGCUCUGGCACAAAGGCGAAACUGAAAAUGUCUCCAAACAUGACUUGUGAAGCUAUCCAGUCUUUUUCUCCAAGGGUAACUGUGGCCAAAAGAAAAGAGGCUCUUGAGCUCCGAAAGACAAUGAAACCUUUGAUGGAAAAAAGAAGGCGCGCCCGUAUCAACGACAGCCUGAACCAUUUAAAAAACCUCAUCCUUCCCCUCACAGGCAGAGAUAAGACUCGCUACUCCAAGCUUGAGAAAGCCGACAUCCUGGAAAUGACUGUGAGGUUCCUCAGCGACAUUCCCCCUGUUAGCACGAAAAAUUCCGCAGAGAGUUACAGAGAAGGCUACAAAGCCUGCCUCCAACGCGUCUCCACUCUGCUUCCCAAAACGAGCCUGGACCAAGACGCGUGUCAGCGGGUGAACGAAUUCGUCCAGCAGUCAACAUCCGCCACCGCUACCGUCACCCCAACCUGCCUGAACUGCUGUGCUCAGAGCUCCAGGACUCUCCCUCAGAUCCAACAGAGACUCCUGAGCCUCAAAUCCAGCUUCAGCUCCAGACUAGAGAGCCAGUCCGGCGGCAGCGGCGGCGCAGUGGCUCCCAGCCGAGCGCAGUCCGGCCCGCAGGCUGUCAGCGCUGCCAUGUGGAGACCUUGGUAGAUUUA